AUGUAUAUCAGAGGAAAUAAGGGAGAUUAUGACGAAUGGGCGGACUUGGGAAAUGUCGGUUGGGAUUAUGAAAGCAUAUUGCAGUUGUAUUUAGAAAAUGAACACGUGAUUUCACAACCCAAUAACAGCAAUGCGGAAUACGGGAAGGAUGGAUUUCAAAUCAUAAGUUGGUAUGACAACAAUAAUUUGGUUUCUCGAGCCAUCACUGAUGGGGCUAGCGAGUUGGGUUAUCCCACUCUUCUAACUGAAAAUCCUUUGAGCCCUCUUGGAUAUUUUCAGGCCUUGGUAACAAUUAACAAUGGGGUUCGAGCUAACGCAGCAAGAGGAUUUUUGGGUCAAGUAAAAAAUAGGACAAACCUGUUCGUCGCCACUAACGUAACUGUUACCAAAGUACUAAUAGACCAAGACUUAAAAGCGACCGGUGUGCAAAUCAAAGUUGGGGAUGAUCUUCUAGAAAUUAACGCCUCGAAGGAAGUAAUUGUAUCUGCUGGUAGUAUAAAUACGCCACAAAUACUAAUGUUGUCUGGGGUGGGCCCUCUAUCUCAUCUCAAUGAUCUUGGAAUUAAAGUCCUUCAAGAUUUGCCAGUUGGACAAAAUCUGCAAGAUCAUUUAUAUAUACCUGUACCUGUACAAAUGAAUGGAUCCGCGGUAACAAAUCAGCCCCGCUCAGCCGCAAUUGAUAAUUUAUAUCAAUAUUUUUCAUAUCGUACUGGCCCCGUUGGUACGUUAGGUAUGUCCAACCUUCAAGGAUUUAUUAAUACGAAGAACAACUCAAUUUAUCCUAAUAUGCAAGUAGUCGAAAGCUUUAACCCUCCUGGCGACCAAAAUGGGCUACCAGCAUUUCUCAGAGUUACAGGUUACUCACCAGAAAUUGCCCAACAAUAUGUCGAAAUAAAUCGAUUAAAUGCCAGUGCUAGCUUCUAUUCAAUUUUACUGAAGCCAGAAUCUAGAGGUAGUAUUUUGCUCAAUAGCACUAAUCCUUUAGAUAAACCUUUGAUAUAUUCCGGAUAUCUUACGGAUGAAAAUGACUACGAUCUGGAAACACUUUUGGAGGGCGUAAGGUAUACCCAAAGAUUACUGCAGACAAAUCCACUACGAAAACUUAAUGCGACAACAGUUCCCUUAAUACUUCCAAAUUGCCCAGAAUUGGAAUUCGAUACAGAUGAUUACUGGAAAUGUUUUAUCAGAACUUUAGGGAGCACUUUAUACCACCCAGUGGGAACAUCCAAGAUGGGACCGGAUUCGGACCCAACUUCCGUAGUGGAUCCAAGGUUGAGAGUUCGUGGAAUUAGUAAUUUAAGGGUCGCCGAUGCAAGCAUUAUGCCCAGAAUUAUAAGUGGAAAUACCAAUGCCAUUUCUUUGGCAAUUGGACUAAAUGCUGGCAAGCUAAUUAACGAAGAUUGGAGUUAACUAUCACAUUAAUUUUAUGUUUUGAUUAGUUUUUGUAUUUUAAUAAAUUUUUAU